CCUAGUGCAGAGCUGUGAACCUUCAUUGUGUUACUGGCAGCCUACUCUAGCUGUGGUGAAGCUUUUAACAUGGAACAGCACAGAACCUUCUGUAUUCUCAUUAUAACCCUUAGCCUGGCGGCCUCUUCCUUGGCACACCAUAAACUGCUGGUUUUUCUUCUUGAUGGACUUAGGUUCGAUUAUGUUGAUGAUAAAGAACUUGCUGCUCUUCCUGGUUUCAAGCAGAUUGUGGACAGUGGGGUAAAAGUGGAUUAUAUGACUCCAGAUUUUCCAAGUCUCUCUUACCCAAACUAUUACAGUCUAAUGACAGGUCGUCAUUGUGAAGUGCAUCAAAUUACUGGCAACUUUAUGUGGGACCAGAAGUCUAAUAAAUCAUUUGACAUCGGUGUCAACGUAGAUAGUCGGUUACCGCUUUGGUGGGAUGGAUCAGAACCUCUAUGGGUCACAAUGGAAAAAGCAAGAAAGAAGGUCUUUAUGUAUUACUGGCCUGGUUGUGAAGUGGAAAUUCUGGGUGUUAAGCCAAGUUACUGCCGCGAAUAUUAUGACAACCCAUCAGAUGUUAAUUUCAUGAAGGCAGUUUCCGAUGCUCUUCAGUUUUUAAGGAAUGGUGAAACUGAUAUGGCAGCUGUGUACUAUGAAAGAAUUGAUGUAGAAGGUCAUCAUUAUGGACCCUGGUCUGAAGAGAGAAGAAAUGCUACAAGAGUAGUGGAUCAUGUGCUAUUGACCUUGAAUCAAGAAGUCAAAAAAACAGACCUGCAGAGUGAUCUGAACGUGAUCCUUUUUUCUGACCAUGGAAUGACAGAUAUUUACUGGAUGGACAAAGUCAUAGAACUUGUUACAUACAUUGAUCUGAAUGACAUUACACAGCUGAAGGACAGGGGUGCCGUGGUCAGUGUGUGGCCUGCGGAGGGUAAGGAAGACAAGAUAUACAAUCAGCUGCAAUCUAUAGAGCAUGCUAAUGUUUACAAGAAGGAAGAUAUUCCGGACAGAUUCCACUACAAAAAAGGAAAAUUUGUGUCGCCCCUAACUAUCGUUGCUGAAGAGGGAUGGUUUAUAACUGUGAGUAAAGACAGACUACCCUUUUGGAAGAAUGGUACCAGUCAGGCCUGGCAGCAUGGGUGGCACGGAUAUGACAAUGAGUUUAUUGACAUGAGAGGAUUUUUCAUGGCCUAUGGUCCAGAUUUCAAAGUGAACUACAAGUCGGGUCCAAUCCGAGCUGUGGAUGUGUAUAACAUUAUGUGCACAGUUCUAGGAAUCGAGCCACUGUCUAACAAUGGAUCCUGGUCGAGGAUAAAGGACAUAUUAAUAAACCAGGCUACCAUGGUACGACCUGUACAGGUGGAGCACGGCCUCCUGCUUAUGUUUCUGUUAUUACUUUUAUCGCUAUGGGCCUAGGGGAAAACUAUU